UCCAAAGUCAGGGCCCUCGCGACUCUAAGACAGACCUCUCAAUGAGCUCCAUCUCCCUUCCACAGCCAUUCUAGCUCAAGCUUCGCAGCAACUCGCUGCAUCGCCGAGCGCCCGCAUCGGCGCGGUGCCCAGUGGAGCGCGCUGAGACGCAGGAGCGCCCGCCGCGACCGAGCAUGGAAUUGUUUUCCCCGGGGGGGGACGUGGAGCGUGCCCUUUUCGUGGCUGGCUGCGCUUACAUAUUCCUCGGCGCUUGCUUGCUGCUCUGGUGGGACGGGCUGUCCGCGUGGUCAAGCGGGCCGGGGCAGUGGCUGCUGCAGCGCAUGGUGGUGCCGUUGAGGCGGGCUCGAGGAACUCUCGAGCCUGGCUGGGACGAGGGCGUGAACUCCGAUGUGCAGCAUGCGGCGCAGGAGCUUCAAAGGAGAAAGGUCGCCUUGACCAAGGCAUUGCUGCCCUACUCGCAUUGCGCGGGCGUGGUCGUCAUCGCGGCCAUGUGGUGGGGGGGCACCUUGCCCAUGUCGUUUGUGCAGAACUUGCAGCGCACUCGUAAACGCCAUGCUUGUGAUGUUUCUGUACGUCUCUCCGACCGUCCUCACGCGAGACCCUGCCGACUGGAUAUACUCGACGAUGAUGGCUGUCCUGAGCGCAACGGUAUGGCCUAUCGCCGUUUCUGCUGACACGAUGUUGGUGCACGCCAAUGGGUCAUCGCUCUUGGUUGUAGCACCGUUUUUGAAACCAUGGCUAAAUGCGAUCUGGAUAUUCGUCAUCAACGUGAUAGCUUGCCUCUCUUUUUCUGGUAGUGAGCGCAACGGUGACGGUUGCGCUCGGGCAGGUCCUCUGAUAGGGUCGCUGCAACUCUGGACAAUCUCCGUCGUCUUUGUGCUGAUCUUGUUUUCUGUCGACAAGCUGUUGCAUCAGAUGAUGCAGCUGGAGCUUGAGGCGCGGUCCUCGCGCAACGAGCUAGCCGCUGCCCAUUCCGUGCUGCGGAGCGUUUGCGACGAUGUCGUGGUGGUGGACGACGCGUUACGGCUCAGGGUGGAUUCGCCAGAACUGCGCAACGUGCUGUUUCUCAACCAGCGCCGGUCCCUCCGGCAGGAGGACUUGCGCAGUUUCCUGGCGUCCGCCGAGGAUUGCGCCAAGUUCGACGAACAGAUGCGGGUAGCCACGGCCGCGGGGCAGCCCAGCGGCGAACCGCCUCGUCUGAGCGUUGCAUUCCUCGUGUCUCUGAAGGAUAGCGCCGGGAUCACGCUGGAGGUGGAGGUGUUCGUGGUGCCGUUCCUCAACCGGGAGAACCAGCAGUCGCACCUCGUGGGCAUCCGCGAGCAGCAGUCCACGGAACCUACGGCGGAGCCCUUGAGGUCUGAGGGCAGGAUGGGGCCACUGUUCAUGAGCGACAUGCUCUGCGAAGGGGCUCGUUGUUCUAGCUCUGCAGGUGUUUUGGUUCAGGGGCUUGUUUGUCUAGCUUUGCAGACUUUCUGGCUCAGGUGGCUUGUGUUCUAGCUCCACUCUGGCACUAUUGUUGCACACGCUGGUGCAGGUUUCUUGUUUCCCCUCCCUCCCUCCCUGAAUAAUUGUGCAACGCAUGACGUCACUGCUCGCCCCCCAAUAAGAUCUGAAAAAGGUGCUGUUCAGACUCUGGGGCGCCCCCAGACUCUGGGGGUUGGGGGUUGCUCCGACUUUGUCUCUCGUUGUCCG